UUACUUUUAUUCUGAAUUUUGUGCUUGCCGUUCUGUAUUUUGUAAAUUUACCAGUUAAAUUAUUGUUAAAUCAAUACUAUUAUCAAUUCUUCAACCAAAUUAUGUCGGAAUACAGCACAGUGAAAACCAGCAAGCUGGUACUGAAAGGCGAAAGUUCCAAUAGCUCCAAGCGCAAGCAUAAAAAACACAAGAAGGACAAGGACGGCUCCUCGUCCAAACGAGGUCGGUCGGAAUUGGACGAAGAUGCUCAGAAACACGGCGGCUGGUGGAAGGUAAGCAAAGUAGCCGAAAUAACCGGUUCGGUGGCGAUUCAGUUCGGCAAAAGAGCGUUCAUCAAGGCUCUCGAUAACGGUACGUUCACACUGGGUGCACCACAUGACGAGGGGGACGGACCAGAUCCGGAAGAAAUUUUCACCGCUGUGCUGAUUAACGACGAGAAGAUAGCUUUCAAAUCUGGCUACGGGAAGUAUUUGAAGGCGGAAAAGGAUGGCAUGAUCACAGGACGGUCGGAUGCGGUUUCGGUUGUGGAACAGUUCGAGCCGGUUUUUGAGGGAGCCAAAAUGGCACUAUUGGCCGCAAAUGGGUGCUUCGUGUCAGUGGAUCCAGAGGACGAUGCCGUGGUGGCAAUCAAGAAAAAGGUUGGCGACAAUGAGGUCUGUGUGGUGAGGAGCUGUGCUGCCCGGGAACACAAGACUACCAAGGAAGUAGCGGUUGAAGAGCAGGGCGAAUUGGAUCAAGUAGAAAUAAACUAUGUAAAAAAAUUUCAGAAGUUCCAGGACAAGAAGCUGCGUGUCAAUACGGAAGACAAAGCCGCACUGAAGCAAGCUCAAGUAGAGGGGGUAUUACAUGAAGCUCUCCUAGAUCGUCGGAGCAAAAUGAAAGCGGAUAGGUAUUGCAAAUAAAUUACACGACAUCUGAAAUGAA